AUGUCUUCUGCGCCUCUGCCCCGAGAAGAACAGACGGUGGAAACUAAACCAGAGCUAAGGCUCAAGAGGGCACAGAAUGAGCCAUACCACAGCCGCAGAGCUGGGGGCGAGAGUGAGAAGGAAAAAGAGGAGCGACUGCGCGAAGGUCAGACUCUUUUGUCUUUAAAAGGCGAGCAAGGCCCGGACGGACCAGACUGGGCGGUGCAGGAGGCGGGGUCUGCACGGAGCGGGCGGGGCGAUCCACGAAUGAAUGAGCCUCCUGUCCUGUUGGGGGUCUCUGGGCCCCCCGGGACUGCGAAUCUCGAGGACGCUCCGGGCAUCCUGGGGCGUGCCGGGUCCUCUUCGCGCAAGCUGGGGCGCGGGGCGGCCCUGGCUCCCGGUGGUCGGAAUCCCGCGGUGGCGGGGGCCGCAGCGGAGGCGAGGGCGAGCGGAAGCCCAGGGGGGGCACCGGACAACCGCCCGGCGGCUGAGAACCUGGACUGUGAGCCCUGGGUCAGAGAGAAAGUGCUCUUCCUUCUGCACCCGGAGAGGUGGUUGGGGACUCAACGGGACCCUGCGCGGGAAGAAGUGGCCGGUGGGGACGAUCUUUUCCCGGCGGCCGGAGACGACUGGGAACCCGACUGCCCGUCUCUCUUUCCGCGAGAAAAGCGAGUUUUGGGCAGCCGUGUAGACGCUCCCUUCAGAGCUCGGCCGCGGGACCCUGCAGCCCCACCCAGGUCGGUGCUCGUGCGGAUUGUGGACUAUCAGGCGACAGAAGAAGUCCUGUGGACCGCAUGGAGGAAGGGGCAGAUGACCGCACGGACCGAGGAGCACUCCAUGAGCGCGAUCACUUUUCGCACCAUCAGGGAGUGAAGCGCCGGGCUGUGGGCGCCAGGACUCCGGAGAACCCCGGGCUCGCCCGCGUGGGGAGAGACGCCCCGAGUCACCUGCGGGGAGAUCACCUCGCGGUCCCCAGGGACUGGAUUGCCAGAGGCUAUAAAACAGGAAAGAGGAGCCUGAGGAAUGCUGCGGGCUGGUGGAUGAGCGAUAAUCCCUAAGCAGAUGCUCUUCCGGGAACGCCAGCCUGUAAUUAACUGACAGCGAGGACGUUUUCAGAGGCUGGUCAGCGCCGCUGGGAGGCAGGUGACACCCCAGACAGAAUGAAGAACUGUGAGCAACAUAGUACCUCCUUUGUGUCUUAAAUACUGUGAGGGUCUGGGGACCUAAGUCAUUGGAAGAGGGGAAGGAAAGGUAUUUUCAAAUUGGUAAAAUGUGGGCCUGUUGAAAUAAGAAAAUCUAUUUAUGG